CUAGUUGACUGCAAGAGAUAACAACAACGCAAAGCUGCAUCAUGCAUGGUCGAAAUUAUAUUAUCGAUUAUGUUAUGCAGCAAAACCUCGGCCCUGAUCGGGUGACCACAUGCAACUAAACAAACAAGAAGAUGCCAAGCAGCGCAAAAUUUAAAAACGGAAUGCUUCGGUUCCAAUGUACCCUAACCUAUGCUGACAGCGCAGUUAUAUACUGUAGUUAAUUAACUAAACAGGGAGGCAUCGCUCACCGGAUAUGCUUCCGACCCCGAUUCCAUUGUGCCCGCCCGCCAUCUGAACAACAUGUUCAUUAACUACUCAGUUCAGCAACAUCAUUACUUGCUGCGGUUAAGGUUAGCAGCAGUUAUGCAAUCAGUUCAGGCCCAAGAUCAUUCCAUUGCAUUUCUGGUUAGCGGCAGAUAAUCAAGGUUAAAGCUGACCGGUCGGAAACGUUGACUAUUUCAAAGUUUUGAGAUCGCUGGAUGGAAUCAUUUCAAAGUGACGUUGACCAUGACCGGCCACAAAGAUACCGUUGGCAUAUUCCAGCUGGCCAGCUGUGCAAGAACAAGCCUGCCAAUGCCAUGCAUUCCCUGCCAUUGAUCGCUCUCUGUUGACUGAAGGAGAUAGCAGGGCUACUGAAAGAGAUGGCCCGUGGGUAGCAGGCCAGGAAGCUUCUCAGAAGCAGCUGUCGCCGAUCUCAGGCCUCGCGUUGGAGGGAUGAUAUCGAUCUGUUCCGCCGAAAUUCCUGAAUGACAUCUACGAUGGACGUCGACUGAAUUCCCCGGUUGGAGAACGACCCUGAGGCUCUGGGACCAACUUCUUGUUUGUUUCUGCACCGCAUUCACAGCCAUGUUGACCCCGGGGGGCUGAGAGAGCAAGAGAAAGCAGCCAUUUGUUUGCUCCUCCUUGCUCUUAUCUGCCCUGUCGCCUUGGCUGCCAACACCAGCAAACUCUAAGGCUUAGGGUAAUGCACUUUUUCCCCUUUGUUUUUCUUUUCUCUUCUCUUAGGGGAUUGCUUGCCGCUUUCUCCUUUUCCCUUCUCUUCUCUGCACUCUGAGAGGUUGCUAGCUGGUUCUUCUCUGGUGGUAGCUAACUAUUUGGUGGUGGUUCCACAUGGCCGUGGUCGGCAGAGCCCGUGCUUCUCUCCCUUCUUCGCCGUCAUCGUCGCCAUUGCCGGCCUUCUCCCCUUGGUCGCCGCAGCCCGAGGUGGUGGAGAGGAUGUUCACGCGUGGAGGGAGCGGGCGGUCGUCAUCGUCCAGUGCCAGCGGGGCCAACAGGAGCGCCAGCCUCAGAGAGAUCGACGAGGAGGCUGCUAUCUUGGGUGAUGACGAUGAUGCCGGCGGAGGGAAGCUGUAUGUCGCCGUCGGGAAGGACAUCAAGGACGGCAGGUCCAACCUCGUCUGGGCAGCUCGGAACCUCCUCGCCGAUGAUCCAAAGCUUGUCCUGCUGCACGUCCACCAGCCUGCCGACAGAAUCAUGAUAGGAUUAUGCAAGGUUCCUGCAAGUCAAGUCGAAGAAAAGGAGCUCAAAGCAUACAGAAAGAUUGAGAAGGAGGAGAUGAACACACUUUUAAACCAGUACCUCAAUUUCUGCAGAGUUUCUCUCAAGAUGCAAGCUGAAACACUGGUGAUCGAGAAGAACAGUCCUGCAAAUGGGAUUAUCGAGCUCAUUGAUCAGAAUCACAUUACAAAGCUUGUUAUGGGAACAUCUUCCUUCUCAGUGAAGAGGAAAGUACCAAAAUCAAAAGUUGCUGCCGGUGUGCAUCUACAGGCCAAACCAUAUUGCCAGAUCUUCUUUACUUGUAAAGAGACUCUUGGUUGCUCUAGGGAGGCCACUCAGCUUUGUACAAAAGUAGAGUCACCCCGAAGUAGCUGUGCAAGCACUAUCUCAGAUCAACCUGAGUUAACUCCAAGAUCUGUAUCACUGCCACCAGGGCAUCCAGGUCUCUUAGGCCCCAUAGGCCAACAACCCCUUCCACGACGGUCCAACUCAGUCAGUUAUCCCUUGUCUGGAUUGAUAGCAGACAAUGUAGAAAAUACGCCAGCUGCAAGGCGGCAGUCAAUUGAUAAUCUCUUAGUCUCUACAGAUCAACAGCCCCUGCCAAGGCGGUCCAACUCAGUUAGUUAUCCUUCGCCUGGAUUGAUAGCGGGCAGUGUAGAAAUCAUGUCAGCUGCAAGGCGACAGUCAAUUGAUAUGACACCAACAGGUUCCUCUCCAAGUUCCAGCCAGCAAAGCACUGGUGGGUCCUCAUUGGGUCUGAGGGAUUUGGACAGUAUGGAUGGUUCACCAGUGCCUGUUUCAGUUGCAAGCUCUGAAGAACAUCAGCACUCUAUGGUGGAAAUACAUGAAACGUUUGAGCAACUGCACCUAGUACGCAAUCAGCUAGAGCGCUCGAAGAAGGAAGCUUCCGAGGGCCGGCAGAAAGCUGAGAGGGAUCUGUUUGAAUCUUCUAUGAUGUUCAAAGCACGGGAGAGUUCACUCCGCAAAGAAAAAAAGGAGGCAGAGGAAAGGCUAACAAGAGAGAAGAUUGACCUUGAAAAGGAGCACCUCCAUGUAUGCAACGAGCUGCAGAAGGCAAAUGAGGAAAGGGCAGAACUGGAGAGCAAGCUUCUCCAGACAAAUGCCCUAAUGGAAGAGCUCCGACAGAUGCAAGCAGAGCUGGAGCGCGAGAAAGAGCAUGCUGUUAAAGAAGCUGAAGAGAUGCGCCAAACAAUCGGUAACAGUGUAUUUGGCCCUACUAGUGCUGUUACCCUAACAGAGUUCAGCUACACAGAGAUAAAAGAAGCGACGGACAACUUUGAUGACUCCAAAAAGAUUGGCAGCGGUGGGUGUGGAACCGUCUACAAGGGAUUUCUCCGUCAUACUACCGUAGCCAUAAAGAAAUUCAACCGUGAAGGCACAACAGGAGAUAAAGAGUUCAAUGACGAGGUAGAAACACUUAGUAGGAUGAGGCAUCCAAACCUUGUCACUCUGAUAGGGGUGUGCAGGGAGGCCAAAGCAUUGGUCUUCGAAUUCUUGUCGAACGGAAGCCUAGAGGACUGCCUGCAGGGCGAGCACCCAAGAGAGCCGCUCUCAUGGCGAAUGCGCAUCAGAAUCGCUGCCGACAUCUGCACGGGACUUAUCUUCCUCCACUCAAACAAACCAAAAGGCAUUGCCCAUGGCGAUCUGAAGCCUGACAAUGUCCUUCUUGACACUAGCUUCGUUUGCAAACUGGCAGACUUUGGAAUCUCUCGUCCCUUGGAUGUAACAAACACCACCAUCACCCCUUACCACCGAACAAACCAAAUUAAAGGCACAAUGGGAUACAUGGAUCCAGGAUACAUCGCCUCAGGGGAGAUCACAGCUCAGUAUGACGUCUACUCCUUUGGUGUAGUUCUGAUGCGGUUGCUGACUGGCAAGAGCCCGCUAGGGCUUCCGAAUGAGGUGGAGGCAGCCUUGAGCAAUGACAUGUUGCAAGACAUAAUUGAUACUUCUGCAGGGGAAUGGCCACCUGAGUACACUGAAGAGUUGGCAAGAUUAGCACUGAGAUGUUGCCGGUAUGAACGAAAGCAGCGGCCUAAUCUUGCAAAUGAGGCCUGGGGUAUCCUGCAAGCUAUGAUGAACUGUCCAGACGAUAAAUGCAAGCCACCAACGUAUUUCAUUUGUCCAAUGACACAGGAGAUCAUGAGGGAUCCGCAUAUUGCUGCCGAUGGAUUCACAUAUGAAGGUGAUGCCAUCAAGGACUGGUUUCAAAGGGGGCAUAAAAUGUCCCCAAUGACCUACCUCAGCUUCACACACCAUGAGUUAAUACCCAACACUGCCCUUCGUUUUGCAAUUCAAGAAUGGCAAAUGCAACAGCAACCGUGAUUUUUAACCUUCCAUUUGAUCUGUACAGUCGUGUUAGGAAGUGAAGCAAAUGGUUUGCAAGUGUGCACAGUCUACUUUAGCAGUUAGCGCUUUCUCAAUGUUUAGACCCACAACCGAGAAGUUACGUACAUGUUUCGGUCACAUGUGUUGGGAUGAACUGACAUGACAUGGCAUGUAACUCUCCAAGAGAGAGUGGGUAUUCAGGUUCAUUGAAAAAUGUUGUAUAUGGGCAUUUUAAUUCCCUCUCAGGUAUGCAGAGUUGGGAGUUAAAGACUUCAGAUAAAUCAGAGCACAGACAGUUUAUAAUAAUGUGAUCAAUCAUAAA